ACAGGGUUAUGCGAUUGAGUUAUAACAUCGCUUCCACUGGCAAAUAACAACCAACAAUGUUCGAGAAGCCACGCGGCCAACAAUCCAGACAACACCUUGACAAAGCCAUUGUAAUUGCGACUUCGAAGUAACCAUGGAUGAUUGGGCUCUGGCACGUUCCAGGAACAGGAGUUCAGCCUCCAGAAUUCCUCAAACAGAACGUGAGCAAAGCGAAUUCCAAACUCAUGCUCAUCAAAUUAAGGCUGAGCUGAAAAGGCGAGGGAGAAAGGAGAGCGAACAACAACUAGCGCUGCAGAUCCGAUGCAAAGAUAUCCUUGCUUCAUGCUUGUUUGUGGUUCUAUUUGCAGAAUGCCUACCGCGUGUUCUUGCAUUCCUUUAUUGCAGAGAAUUUUCUCGAAGCGGAAUGCAGCCUGGACUGUGUAUUAUCGGGGUGCCUGGGUUCCAAUUCCCUCAUGUUUUGAGAUUGACUGAGAAUAACAGCAGCGUAAUUGAAUUUAUUUGAUGGAGGCAAUGUGAAAGUAAUUAGUUUGAUUGGUGGUUGUGGUGAGAUCUCAUCGGGAUGACCGCAUGCGGCCUCACUCCCUCUCCCUCCCUCCCUCCCCCCCUCUCACUCUUCCUCUUCCAUCCCCAGUGUCAAUCGCAUUUCGACUCGCUCGUGCCACCCAAGUCCAGAUCUCCGCAGUCGGCUUCCAUAAUCCUUGGUGUUACUGC